ACAGGCACUGGCAGUCGGGGCUGCGCACGCGCACGCGAAGGCCAGGCUGUUGGUUGCUAUGGUCACGCAGCAGAAGGUCGAAAGGGCAGCAAGACGGAAGCGUCGCGGUUGCCAUGACUACAUCACUCAGCUGACCCCCCCCAGCACACCUUCGCCAGCACGAUGGCCACGAAGAAGUUCAGCGGUGCGCCGUUCGGGAUCCAGUCGGCCAGAUUUGAUGUGUCGGGGGUCCAUCCCAACUGCAAGACGCCUGGCGGAUACACUCAAGUCCCCUACUGCAAGAGGGCCAACAGCGAGGGGGAGCGGAGACUGGGACCGGGCACUUACAACGUCGACACAGGGGACUUCAGCUCCAACGCCUUGGCACGGCGGGCUCAAGGACCCGGCUGGAAGCGUCAGCUGGAAACGUCCCGCCUGGCAAAGAUGCCCCAGUUGCUGUACAGGGAGGCCUGGAAGAACAAGCAGUUCUUGAAAUCCAAGGUGGGCCCUGGGAGCUACAAGAUCCAGGACUUCAUGGAGCUGCGGGACCAGCGCCCAUCCAGCGUCCGAGGAGUGUGCGAGACCCGAGAGCAGAGGUUCAAGAAGAGGAGUGAGGCCAGCACUCCAGGCCCAGGCAGCUAUGGUGAAGGUGGCAUCCCGUGGGCAGCAGUGGAGGAGACCCAGCGGCAGAGGCGGCAGAAUCACCGAUUUGAGGGCAGCUCCUCUGUGGGCCGAGAGCUCCUGCCAGUGGGCUGCCACCUGGGCCCGGGCACCUACAACCUGAAAGACUCCAUCGAACUUCUCCUGAGCCACACCGUCAGCAACAGGGGUCCCUAUGACGUGUUCACUGGGUCCCGGAGUCGGCCAGUGACCUGCGGGUACUUCUGUGAGCCGGUGGGUUCGCGUGCCAAUCCUGGGGAAUACAAGCUCAAGAACUUUGUGGAACUGCUGGACAACAAAGAAAGAUACAAGCAUGGUGUGUUUGGGACCCUUCCUCAGUACCCCGCCGUCUGUACUGACCGGAUGGGCUGCACCACGAUCUCUCACCAGCACCCGACAGCGGACUGGCUGGGCCCCGGCUGCUACGACAUCAAACUGCUAACCAGGCCUGAGAACCACUCGGCGCCACCCUUCAUGUCGUCUAGUGCCCGCGCCAGCAACAAGACAGAAAGCCAGGGUCCUGGCGUGGGGCGCUAUGACAUCAGUAGGCCGGGCACAGCGAUUGACUAUCGAUCUGCGUUUCACUCCAAGACUCAACGCUACCUGAGUGACCUGCAGCGAGACAAACACCUGAUGGAGCGCCUACGUUCUGCCAAUCUUCAGGGUGAACAGAAACUGGAAUGAAGACCACCUCACUGACUCCUAGGCCUGGUCAUCAUGGCAAUGUGACACACUGCUGGCAUCGGGCACCCACCAACAUCACAAUGAAGGAAAGAAAUGGCACUAUCCUAAAGUGACCAGCACUGGCGGCCGAUCGGGU